AUGUCGGCAUCUCCUCCAGGAGUCCAUAUCCCCUUAAAUCAUGAUUCUAACGACCCUCAUGUUCAUGUCCCUUCCACCAUCCCAGACCACAACCUCGAACGUAAAAUUCAUGAAAAACAGUCAGAGGAUGAAUGGGAGCACGACCCACUCAACCCCAGGAAUUGGCCUCCUGCAAAAAAAUGGACAACCACUGCAAUCGUUGCGCUAUACACUUUUGUCACUCCGUUGGCAAGUUCUAUCAUGGCACCUGGUCUGCCAGACGUGGCCAUCAAAUUCAAUAUAACCAGUCCAACCGUCACAGCGUUGACUCUCAGCAUCUUCCUUCUCUCAUUCGCCAUCGGUCCUUUGUUUGCCGCACCCUUGUCCGAAGUAUAUGGUCGUUUGUGGGUCCUUCACUUGGCGAACCUCCUUUUCCUCGUGCUUAAUCUCGGUUGCGCUUUCUCACGUAAUACCGCAUCUUUCCUUGUCUUUCGGUUUCUAGCUGGUUUUGUGGGGAGUACACCGGUAGCAAUCGGCGGAGGCGUCGUUAGUGACCUUUUCUCUGAACGUGAUCGUGCCUCCGCUAUGGCAUUGUACUUCAUCGGACCCCUGAUAGGUCCCGUGGUCGGCCCCGUCAUGGGAGGUUUCAUCGCAGAGUCAGUCGGUAUACAGGAUGUUUUCUUUGUCGUUGUUGCAAUCUGUGGCAUUGCUGCAGUACCUGGUAUCCUUCUCAUGAGAGAAUCUUAUGCCCCAGUGAUUCGCCUUCGCCGUGACAAAAAUUCUCUGGAUCCCGAAAAGGCAGCUACGAUACACCCCGCCUUCACUAUGAACAAAUGGGCUUACUUAUGGAUCAACCUCAAACGGCCCGUCAUAAUUAUGACUCGCAGUUUCAUAUGUUUCAUCCUCAGUUUAUACAUGGCUUUGAUAUACGGUAUCUACUACUUGAUGUUUACUACUUUUCCCGAUCUCUUUUCGAUCGUGUAUCACUUCAGCAUCGGAACAGGAGGUCUGCCGUAUAUCGGAAUCGGCGUUGGGUUCCUAUCUGCCACCAUAAUUGGCGCGAGGAUUUGCAACAAGACAUACUUAUAUCUUGCUGAGAAAAAUGGAGGAAAGGGUAAGCCAGAGAUGCGCAUCCCCGCUGUGAUACUCGGCUCGUUGAUCGUCCCUGUGGGAUUAUUUUGGUAUGGUUGGUCUGCCCAAGCCAAAAUUCAUUUCAUGAUGCCCAUCGUCGGCGCCGCUAUCUUUGGAUUUGGCAUAAUGAUAGCUUCUCUUGCCAUUCAACUAUACCUCGUAGAUGCAUUCACAUAUGCUGCGAGCGCUAUCGCGGCUGCUUCUACACUCCGCUCACUCCUCGGGUUCGCAUUUCCUCUCUUUGGACAGCAAAUGUUCGCUGCGCUUGGUUAUGGAGGGGGUAAUUCACUUCUUGCAGGUCUUGCCAUCGUCAUCGGUAUACCCUUCCCUAUCUGGAUAUAUUAUGCUGGUGAAAGUAUACGUGCGAGGAGUUCUAUGACUCGUUGA